GCACGCGUGUUUCCCGUGUCGAGGCCGGCUCCACUCCCAGCCGCGCCGCGCGCCCAGAGCCGGAUACCGCCCGGAGGCGCCCGGGGACAGAGUCCGGCCCCAGCGCGGGUCUUAUCACAGGAAAAGAAAACAGCAGAAAUGUUGCGCAGGCCGAUAAUACAGGUACUUCGUCAGUUUAUAAGGCAUGAGUCUGAUUCAACCACCUCCUUGAUACUUGAAAGAUCCCUGAAUCGUAUCCAGUUACUCGGUCGAGUAGGACAGGACCCUGUUAUGAGGCAAGUGGAGGGAAAAAAUCCUGUUACAAUUUUUUCUCUUGCAACCAAUGAGAUGUGGCGAUCGGGGGAAAGUGAGAUGUUCCAGGCAGGUGAUAUCACCCAAAAGACAACGUGGCACAGGAUCUCUGUGUUUAGGCCAGGCCUGAGAGAUGUGGCAUAUCAGUAUGUGAAGAAGGGUGCUCGAAUCUAUGUGGAAGGGAAGAUAGACUACGGUGAAUAUACAGAUAAAAACAAUGUGAGGCGGCAGGCCACAACAAUCAUAGCAGUUGUUCCCGAAGUGCAGUAUUCUUGCAGUCAUAAGCCCACUUGGUCAGAUGGCCCAGCACGUACUGCGCUGUGAUAUUGACCCUUGUUAUUGGCACACUUUCAGAGAGCCUGCCUAUAACAUUAUUUUUCUGAGCGACCAUGUCAAAGAGAAGGUGUGAGAUGUUUAGUGCUUGGACCCAUGCUAUUCCUUUUAUUUUAUAGUAUUUCAUAAUUCUGAAAUCAUGCAUAUUGCUGUAUUUUCUGUAAACAAAUUAAAACACCCUUAUGUGAAUAAAGAACUGUGUUUUUUGGUCUUUCUCUUCAA